AUGGUGGAGGGGGUGCAGCAUUUUGCUGCAACAGCACCUGCUGGUGCAGGAGGUGCUGUAGUCCCCGAAGCUGCAGCAGCUGCAAAGAAGGCAGCAGCAGCAGCAGCAGAGACAGCGAUGCGAGGAGUUAGAGGAAAUGAUGAUUCUUCUUCUGCUGUUACAUCACCAGUAGACCCAGCGGAAGCAGCAGCUGCAGCAGCAGCAGCAGCAGCAGCAGCAGUUGAGCGGCUACUUAAGGGGCAGGUAGACCUACCUCUUACGUACAGCAGCAUCCUCUCCUUGCUGCCGCUGCUGCAGCAGCGCUUUCCUCAUCUAAUAAGAGUUAGAGACGCAGUGACGGCAUUCGGCUUAGAUGAAGAUGCAAAGGAAUUAAUAUGCGGGAAGGAGACGUGCCGAGUGCCGUAUGUAGAGCUUGGCCUUCGUAGCUCCAUCAACAGGAGCACACCCACCCUCUUCUACAGCGGGUUGCUGCACGGAGAUGAAGUCGUGGGGCCCACGGUGGCAGUUUAUUUGGUUGCCCUUUUGGCCUCACAGUUUACUGAGGUUGACGAGGUGUAUUAUUUAUUGACUAACCGCUUGCUGGUAGGUGCUGCCUUCGAGCGCUACCUCUUUAUUGCGGGGAUUACUUGGCAUGGAGGAAUGAGAGCCAUCGCAAGGCCAUGGGGAUCCUUUGACCACUCAGAGCCUGUUGGUCCGGGUUCAUUCCGUAGCCGGCCACCCCCAGACGACUUGGCCUUUGCCAAGCUUGGCGAAUGGCUGCAGGAGGCUGGUGGUCCUAGUUCAUCAGAGUAUACCUCUCCCUAUUUAUCUGCACAUUUUGUUGCGGAGCAGCGGCGGCGUCAGCAGCAGCAAUUAGCGCAGCAGCAGCAGCAGCAGCACAGUUCUUUAUUGCAAAUGUUUUGGGGAGGAGGAGAAGAAGAAGAAGAAGAAAAUAUGCAUGCAACAACAAAAAGAAUUAAUUAUUCAUAUUAUCCUGAGGGCCCCGUCUCUGAUGUUAUUUAUCCUGUUAAUGGAGGUCUAGAGGAUUGGGCAUAUUCUGCAGGAUUUCAAUCAAGCCCCGUUCCUAUUAGUGCAUGCAAAUCAAGCCCCAAAAGUAAUCCUCGCAUGCGUCUGCAAGCGCAUGCACCACCGCUACCGCACGAACGCAUGCAUGCAGCACCUUGGUGGCAACAAUGGAUUCCUUCUUCUCUUGCUAAUAAACAACAAGAUAAUCUUCUUAUGGAUAAAGAAGCAAAUAAAGAAAUACAACAAAAUAUAAACGAAGAAAUUAAUGCAAAUAAACAACUUAUUAAUGUUAGCAAUGAUUUCUCCUCCGUAAGAUGCGCCAUCUUCCUUGUUGAGACACAUGAUGAUAAACAUCCAAAGCCCCAAGAAUACGGGUCGCUUCCUCUAUCAUUAGUUGCGGCACCAGCAGUAAGCGACGGCCUAAUAGCAAGAAAUGUACGGAUGGGGUUUAAGAUAGCAGAGAAAGCACAACCUGAUCUCCUUAUUCUCGCGGCUCCCUCAAUGUAUCAAGCUCCAGGUUGUAUCGCCAACUUUGCCUUGUGGCCUGUUGGCUGCGAGAAGUUGAAUGUGGUGCAUGCAGUGACAAAACAAGGAAAAUGCCACGAAUUCGUAAAAAAGACGAAAAUUUCAUUUCCUGACGGUCUUGAAAGUUCAGAGUUUGCAGAAGAUGACCAUGUCGUAUAUGAGCUAACGGAAGCAUGGCAUGCAGCCCCAGUAUUAGUAAAGGAGAAGAUAUUAACAAGAAAUUGUCGUUCUUUUUCUCCAUGGGAGAGACCGCAAGGAAAAGCAGCAGAACCUUUCUUUAGGACUUGGGCAAAUAAUCAUAAUGAGAUAAGAGAGGCAUUUACUAAACAAGAAAGAGAAGGGAUGGAGUUCCUUAGAUUCAAGAUUCCUCCAGAAACACCCUCUGGCGAUUUAUGCAUUCUGCUGUUGAGCGAAUUUGACGAGGAAUGGACCCAAAAGUUGCCUAAUGCGGAUCCUCCUCUUCCUCCUCAAUCUUGGCUAACAAAGAGUCGCAAAGAAAACAAUCCGCAUAAACCCCCUAAAGGAGCUGCUGUACUAAAAGGAGGCAGACAAUGGAUAUUCCCUGUUCGUUCUCCUGCGUUUCCUGGCAACUUAACUCCUGUUGGUUUUCCUCUACAAAUACGUGAUGAUGCAAUUGAGGCAUUUGCUGCUGUUAAGCUGCUGCUGCCUACUGCAGCAGCAGCAGCAGCAGCAGCAGAAGAUGCAGAAGCAGCAGCAGCAACAGCAACAGGAGAAAUCACAACAGCUAAAGCAGGAGCAGCAGCAGCAAGAGCAGCAGAAGCAAGCGGAGGAGCAGCACUACCUACUGAAUCGUCAAAGCAAGAACAAUCAGCAGCAGCAGCAGCAGCAGGAGAUGAAGGGCAGCAGCAGCAGCAGCAGCAAGAGUUGCUGCUGUCCUUAACAGUAUCUGGUUAUCUUAAUGAGGAUCCAGUAUUCUUUAAUCCUUAUACACGUAUGCUGCUGCCAUGGAAGCAACUGCAGCAGCAGCAGCAACAGAUGCAGCAGCAGCACGAAUGGGAGCAGCUAGGCUAUCAGCCCCUACCUAGUCCUACUAAGCCAGCAGCAGAUGUGCUGCUGUCUAUUCAUCCUGGUCUAUCCUUCUUGCCUGAGGGAUUCCUUAGUAUUUAUAUACAGAGGCACGAUCCUCAAUACAGCAGCAGCAGCAGCAGCAGCAGCAGCGGCAGCAGCAGCAAGAGCGGUAGCAGCAAGAACAAUAAUAAUCUUAUUCAUGUUACUACUCUUGCAACCGGUCCUAAGGGUGUAGAGAUGCAGCAGCAGCAGCGAAGACGGGAACAACUACUGCAGCAGCAGCAGCAGCAGCAGCAGCAGCGGAGGCAGAAGAGAGCCCUCAGCAGAGUGCUGCUGCAGGUAGAUAGGGAAGUAAGGUUUGCUGAGGGUUGUUGCCCUCCUUUCUUAUUAAAUCGUCAAGAUGGUGGUUGGGGUUUACGAGCAACACUAUCUAUAGAUAAAUGUGCAUGCGGACCAGGGACAGUAGUAGUGGCCUACUUGGUGCCCCCACUGAUUAGCAGCAGCAGCAGCAGCAACACGAGCAGCAGCAGCAUAAACCUUGAUGCUGAUGAGGAAUUGCUAGGGGGCAGCAUCUUAUCUGCAGCAGAAGCAGCAGAUGCUGUUGCAGCAGCAUCAGCAGCAGCAGCAGCAAGUGGUACCCUUCCUGCUGUUGGGGUGUAUGCUGAGUCUGAGGAGCAUCGUGGGCGUCUGCUGCAGCAGCUGCAGCAGCAAGUGCAGCAGGAGCAGGAGCUGCAGCAGCAGCAGCAGCAACAGCAGCAGCAGCAGCAGCAGCAGCAGCUGUUGGCGCCUUGGGGGUCUGACGGCCAAGUCUUAUAG